UCUGCUGCAGGGAGAGAUGCCGAGGCCGGUCCACUUCCUGCUGCUCCUGCUGCUGCUCCUGGGGGGCCCCAGGACAGGCCUCCCGCACAAGUUCUACAAGGCCAAGCCCAUCUUCAGCUGCCUCAACGCCGCCGUGUCUGAGGCUGAGAAGGGCCAGGGGGAGGAUACGUCCCUGCUGAGCAAGAGGAGCUUCCACCACCCGCCAGGCGGAAACGCCUCCUCGGGAGAGGAGGACGAGGGCAAAGAGAAAAGGACUUUCCCCGUCUCUGGGGCCAGGGGUGGAGCUGGAGGCACCCGGUACAAAUACGUGUCCCAAGCACAGCCCAGGGGAAAGCCACGCCAGGACACAGCCAAGAGUCCCCAGCGCACCAAGUUCACCCUGUCCCUCGACGUCCCCACCAACAUCAUGAACCUGCUCUUCAACAUCGCCAAGGCCAAGAACCUGCGCGCCCAGGCGGCCGCCAACGCCCAUCUGAUGGCGCAGAUUGGGAGGAAAAAAUCCCGGCUCCCUCCUCCUCUGUCUGUACCCACGGAAGUGCGCUAUUGUCCAACCUUCCCAGAUACAAGGCGGCUAAUGUUCCUCCCUGUAUUCAGCGUCUCCUUCCUCCCUCCCUACAGCAAGAGGCAAAGUUCAUGCAUUCCUCCUCUCCAGUCUUCUCCCUGUUGACCCCAUGCCUGAGAAGAGAGCGUUCAGGGCUCCUCUCCCACACAUCAACCCCUGCCAGGGCAGAAAGAGGAGCCACAAGACCCGCCUUCCUGCCACCGAAUCCUUCCCUACCUCCUCACCCCAUUAAACCAAUGGCUUCUUCAA